GAAUAUGAGUAUAAAGAAGUACACAGAAAUAUACACGUCAUCAUUAAUUUCUAGGUUUUGCAAUGGCUGACAGUGAGGGUUAUAAUCCUGGAGGACAAAAUGGUGCAGAUGGAUAUUACUCUGAAGACACUAUAGAGAAUGCUGUAAAUGUGAUCCAACACACUGAUAAAUCAACAGUUAAUGAAAUCAAGGAGAAGACCAGUGUUGGACGAAAUGAUCAAAUUGAAGGUAUAGAUAGACAUAUUACAGAACCCGUAGAGCUUGGAGUAAACAAUGUUGGUUUACAGCAAGGUAAUCUAAAAGAACAGACUGUAGAUACAACUGAACAAGAAAAUACGUUUAGUUUUUUAGAAGACAAGAAUAUUUCCCCAAAUGUGUCGAUGAAUUCACAAAAUGAGACUUUUUUAAAUGUGACACCAAGUACGAAUGAUGGAGGAUAUUUCCUUGUACCGACGUCAGAUUUUAAUAGCUCAACACAGAUAACAACAGAAACUUCUGCAACUAAUAUUUCUUUGCCAAAAGACGAUGAGGAUCUGGGGAAUAGUGGAGCUGGCAGUGAAAUGUCGAACCAUAAUUGUGAUGAAAUAUGUAAUGAAUUGAAGGAGGCUGUUACUAAAACAAAAUUGACUUUAGCAUCAAAAUUUCAAAACAGCGAUGUUGAAGCAGAUUGUGUGUCUUCCGAAGAAG